AUGCCGCCUAACAACAACAAAAACAACAAUAACAAUAAUGAUCUGCAACAGAUGUUGGCAGCACAAACACAGUUGGUGCAAAUGAUGACUCAGUUCAUGACGAACAACAAUCAGAACCAGACCAAUAACAACAACAACAAUCCGCCUCCACAUGUGGACAUGCUCACAAGGUUUCCGAGGUUGAGGCCAGCCAAGUUCUCUAGUGCACCUGAGCCAAUGAUAGCUCUCGAUUGGCUACGUUCUGUGAGUAAGGAUCUGAUAACCGUGGGAUGUACGGAUGAUGAGAAGGUGAGAUUUGCUGCUCACUUGCUUGAAGGAUCCGCAGCCUCUUGGUGGGAUAAUUUCCAGAUAAACCAUCCUAUUGAUGGCAUCACAUGGGAGAUGUUCCAAGAAGGUUUUCGCACAACUCAUGUUUCAUCUGGAGUUAUGAGUUUGAAGAGAAGGGAGUUCCGCAACCUGCGACAGAACUACCGCACAAUGUCUGACUACAUAGAGGAUUUCAACAACUUGACAUGCUAUGUGCCAGAAGAUGUGGAUACUGAUGCAAAGAGAAAAGAGAGAUUUUUUGAUGGAUUUAAUGAUGAGCUUGCUGUUCAACUGUCAGUGGUUCAUGUUCCAGAUUUCCAGACAUUGAUGGACAAAGCUAGAAUCCUAGAGGGAAAGAAGACACAAGCUGAGAACCGCAAGAGGAAACACAACAACUACAACUCGGAACCGCAUCAGAGGACCCGUACUCUGCAUGAUGGGAAUGGACAUUCUGGAGAUCAUAAGAAUGGAGGCAAUGUACAAAACAAUAAUGGAGGGAAUGGUCACAACCAUAACAGCCACAAAAGUCACAACCAACACAACUCUGAGAGAGGUAAUGGCCAUAACCAUAGAGGAAACAAUGGCGGGAACAAUAAUGGCUUCUCCAAGAAAGAUCUUAGUCUAGUGGAGUGCUACAAGUGCCACAAGAUGGGACACUACUCAAAUGAUUGCCCUGAGAAGAAGGACAAAGCGAAAGAGACUAAUCAGCUUCCGGAAGGGCAUGUGAACCACAUAAACAUGGGAGGAACAUGA